CUGGAGUUGAUGCGCGGUGUUCUGUAGCGUCUCCCACGGUUCUCCUCUCCUCUAUUCGGGAAACCUCUCCUACUCGUCAGAAUCAAUGCGAAUCAGCAGCGAUAGGCGCGCUGAUGCUGUGCGGUCUGUAGCUUUCUAUUCUCUGGAGAAUAAGGACUAAACUCUCUGUUACACGUUUCUUCUUGCAUAGCUCUUCAGUGCAACGGGGAAGACAGACAACAUGAUUUGCUUUAUCUUCGUGGUUCUAUGUGGAUUGUCUGGCAGUGCGCUCGCAAAAGGUAAAGUGGAGAGGGAGCCUAAGGGGAAGUUCAGUGUUCCUGUUCUGGAUGUGAAGAGUCGACAGCUGGUCCUGGAGGCCAACCAGACGCUGACGAUCCACUGCAGGGGUCGAUGGGAGCUGUCGUGGGUGUUCCCUGGAGGUGUGGCCAGAGAUAAAGAGAGUGUGCAAUUGGAGGAUUCUCGCUGUGGGAGGCAGAGCCAGCAUUACUGCAGCCAACUGAUAAUUAGCUCAGCACAGGCCCAGCACACAGGAUCGUUCCGGUGUCGAUACAGCCAUCGGACCCGCAGGCAGAGUGCUGUCUACAUCUAUGUCACAGACAGACAGCGGCCAUUUGUGAGGGAGCAGAAUAAAAGUCCAGACGUGGUGUAUAUCAAGGAGAGCCAGCCACUGGUCUUCCCCUGUAGGGUCACCAACCCUGACGCCACCGUGUCAUUGGUCAAGUUCCCUGACCGUGAGUUGACCCCAGACCAGAGGAACAUAGUGUGGAACAGCAGACAGGGCUUCCUCAUCCGCAGUCCCACCUACUUCUACAUCGGCCUGUUCUCCUGCAAGACCUCUGUCAACGGGACCACACACUCCCUCAGUUACCUCACACACAGACAAGUGAAUAAGAUUAUGGAGGUGUAUCUGAACAGUACCAGUCCAGUCCAGACUUUACAGGGGGACAGUCUGGCCAUCAACUGUACUGUCACUGCAGAGUGGAACAGCAGAGUGUCCAUAAGCUGGGACUACCCUGGGCAGGUAAACAGGGCAGCCAUAAUUAGUAGGCGUAUCAUGGCCAGUAAAACUCACAUGGUGUUCUACAGUAUUCUGUCCAUCCCUAAACUCCACCGCUCUGACAGAGGGCUCUAUAUCUGCCGAGUGACCAGUGGACCGGUCAGCCGAGAGACUAACGUGUCUGUCACAGUCUACGACCGUCCGUAUAUCCGUCUGACACCCAGACAAGGGGCUAUAGUGGAGGCUUAUGCAGGACAGAAAUCCUACCGACUCUCCCCCAAACUACGGGCCUUCCCUGCCCCAGAGAUUAUCUGGUUGAAGGAUGGGAAGGUAGCAGCAGAACAGUGUUCCCGUUAUCAUGUGGAUGGGAAUUCCCUGGUGAUCCGGGAUGUGGCGAAGGAGGACGCAGGGAAGUACACUAUCCUGGUGGGAAUCCAGGAGCACAGACUCUACCAGAACCUAACGCUCUCUCUGGUGGUCAACGUGAGUCCUGGAAUAGGGGAGAAGGCGGUGUCAUUGCAGGACCCAGGUAGUCUCCCGCAGGGCAGCAGACAAGCCCUGCACUGCAGCUCCCACGGAGUCCCGCCUCCUCACAUCGCCUGGCUCUGGCACCCCUGCCCCCCCAAAGGCCUCUCUGGCGGAACACGGGCCUGAUGCCGCGCCGGAGGAGGCCCAGCGACAGUGGGCCAGGCUGGGCCAGGCUGAUAGGGACCUGGGUCCUCGGGGUAGGGUGUGGGUCUAGAGCCUGUUUCUGGCCCUGGAUCCUUGGACCUGGGUCUGGGGCCUGGAUCCACCCUUAUGUCCUAGGUCUGGGUCCUUGGUGCUGGAUGUGUCCCUGGGUCCAGUUGUGGAUCCUUGGUCUUGUCCUGGGCCCUGGGAACCGCAGUGCUCUUAUCUGGCCCGGGCAGGAGGCUCGCCGGGUUUCCUGUGCGAAAAUCAGAGCGCUUUUCCUCUCCUUGUUUGGCUUCCUCCCCGACGCGAGACGCUUCCCAGCAGCGUGAUUGUCCCUCCGUCUUCAAACGUGGCAGAGUCCUGCUUCCUCAAGGGCUUGAUCUAUUCUUGAGACCCCCCCCUCCCCUUCUCAUUCCCCCCUCCCCUGGCCUUCCCCCCCUCGCCAGCUCUGCCCCUCAUCCCCAAACCUUCGUUUCACUUCAUUAAAAUAUCCCCCCACACCACCACCACCACCACCACCACCACCACCACCACCACCACCACACCUCCACCACACUCAGCGGGGCUGUUUCCAAGGCAGCCGGCGCCUUCAAUGACAGACAUUACAGCCACCCAGCGACCCCACAUUGGUGCUCUCUGGGAUCUUGGGGUUGGAGGGCAGGGGGGGGCAGGACAGUGACCUGGUACACUGUUGAAGAGGAGGAUGAGGAAGAAGAGGAGUGAUAGGUCACACCACACUGAGGACAAUGAUCUGAUCUGCUUUUAAUGGUUAUUAUUAUAUUUAUUUAUUUCCCCUUACCCAGGUUGCAUUUUUACACCCCUUUUCUGGCAUUUUUUUUUUACAUUGUUACUUUUCUCAGACAUUUUGAGCCAGAAAGAAGUGCCCUUCCAUCCUUCCACUAAGCCACGUUUUUCUGGAGCUGCUUUUGCUUCUUGUGUUCCUAGAGUGGUACUAUAAUGGGUACAUGAGCCUGUCCCCAGCCCCGAGCCCUGCCAUCCUGUUGUAGUUCUGACAUCCACAAAAGCUGUGAGUUCUGACUGUAAAUCAUAUACCUUAUAAGUAAGUUACUACAUCUCAGAUGGGCGAGCGGGAGACAGAGACAGAGACAGAGACAGAGACAGAGACAGAGAGACAGAGAGACAGAGAGACAGAGAGACAGAGAGACAGAGAGACAGAGAGACAGAGAGACAGAGAGACAGAGAGACAGAGAGACAGAGAGAGAGAGAGAGAGAGAGAGAGAGAGAGAGAGAGAGAGAGAGAGAGAGAGAGAGAGAGAGAGAGAGAGAGAGAGAGAGAGAGAGAGAGAGAGAGAGGAGGAGGUAUGCUCUGGGAUGCCCUACAGUUUUCUAUUACUGGAAGAUACUCUGGGACUGCUCAUCAAACACCUACCAUGUAGGAGUUACCCAGGACCCAGAGUCAAUGACAGUCAUAUGUCAUCUUAUGUCAUGUUAUGUCAUUUGUAAGGUGUUUCACUGUAUAUCAACCAUUUGUCAUCCAGAGUGAAUUUAUGUAUUAUACUGCAAUUUAUUGUGUGGAAAAUAGUUUGUCUUUGCGUGUGAUAUAUGAAGAAUGUCUUUCCAAAAUGCUAUAUAUCAAUUUUCAGAAAUGUUGGUAAAUUAGCUUUUAUUGUUUAAAGUUAUGAAAGAGAUUGGUGUAUUUUUUCACUAUCUAAUCAUGACAUGGGGUUGUUCAAUGAAAGACAUGUCUUUUUUUUAAAUCUCUCACUUGAUGGUUCAUUUCAGAGAAAAAUUGUUUUACAUUUCUUUUGCAAAACGCUAAAUGUCCGCCUCACUCUCAGAGAAACAAGUAGUCCUGCUAGGUAUUACACAUUCAAAUGUAACAAAUAACUACAUUUUGAAUAAAGAACUGUUCAAAUGAUACAUUUGUGACAUCAAUAUUUAAAAAAAAAAUAUUUAAAAUGUUUUAUAAAUAUAAUUCAAUACAGUAAUAUGAGAUCUGUAUGUAAAACAUUUAACAUUUUAGUCAUUUAGCAGAUGCUCUUUUCCAGAGCGACUUAGAGUUAGUGCAUUCAUCUUAAGAUAGCUGGGUGAGACAACCACAUAUCACAGUCAAAUAUGCAGGAUACAAACAUUCCAUUUCAGCGUAACAAUUGAUAUAUAGCGGUUUGCAAAAAAACGUUACAAUUCACAUCUAAAAUCUAUGAAUAAAACAGAUCUGAGGACAGAAAUAUUUUACACACACACAUGAAGGUACCCAUAAGCAAUAAUUUCUGAUAAAAAAACACAAAUGUGAAUAAUUGGUGGAUAUAACGUUUUGGAACUAAACUCUUCAUAUGCACAGGAAGCUGUUUUUAUGGUUUGUUUGAGUGUCAUAGUUGUGCAUGUAGGCUUCCAAAAUGGUUCUUUGGCUGUCCCAUAGGAGAACCCUUUUUGAUUCCAAGUAGAACCCUUUUUGGUUCCAUGUAGAAGACUUUUAGGUUUAAUGUAAAACCCUCUGUGGAAAGGGUUCUACAUGGAACCCAAAAGGGGUCUACCUGAAACCAAAAGGUUCUUCAGUGUUCUCCUAUUGAGACAGCCAAAGAACCCUUUUAGGUAAAAAAAAAAUUUAAGAAUGUAGUGUGUGCUUGUGUGUGUUUGUGUGCGCGUGUGUGCGCGUGUGUGUGUUGAUGAGAGCAAGCGAGACUUCCACACUGAGUUUAUUCAUUCUACGGGUCUCUCCCUUUGUGAUUCAUUCCAUGUAUACAGAUUUUCUAUGAGUAAUAUAUGAAUCUAAUAUUUAAUAAUUUUAUAUGACUAACUUACUUAUGAUAAUUGCCAAUAAUGGCCAAAUUUGUAUGAAAACUUUUCAUAUGUAUUGUUUUAAAUGUUAUAUUAAAUGUAUGUUUUUUACAUUAAAUGUUGCUUUAAAUUG